CAAUUGUUUACUUUUUGAUUUUCACUGAAAACAUUAGUUAAUAAGUUAAUAUUCAUCUUUAUUAAGUUGGAAGUCUCUGAACUUUAAAUGGCGUGAGCAUUAGCAAGGCUAUAAACCAAACAGAAACUCCAGUCAAAGAGAAACAUGUUAGAAGUGCGAUUCUUGGAACAUUCCAUGAGAAAUGUGCUGAGACUUUCUGGGCUGUCAUCCAUCGACUGCCUCUUAUGGAUAACAGGAUCUCUGCUUGGAAGUUCUGCCAUGUCCUGCAUAAGGUGCUCAGGGAGGGACAUCCACAGUGUAUUGCCGACAGCUAUCGCCAUAUUUCAACUAUUGAGGAUCUCGGAAAGCUUUGGGGACACUUACGAGAUCCAUACGGGAAGCUGAUACAAAUAUACAGUCGGUUACUUAUAACUAAGAUCCAAUUUCAUAAAAGGAACCCCCGAAUACCGGGCAACUUGACCCUGACUGCCGAUGAGCUGGAUGCCAUUGGUGAAAAUGACGUCAACAAUUACUUUCAAUUAUCUGUUGAAAUGUUUGACUACAUGGAUGAAAUAUUGGCCCUACAAUCUGCAAUCUUUGGAUCGCUGGAUAUGUCUCGAUCGAAUUCUAUGACUAGUUGCGGGCAGUGCCGCCUCGCACCGCUUAUCCCUCUUAUUCAGGAUUCUUCACAACUAUAUGACAUUUGUGUGAAAUUUCUGUUUAAACUUCAUGCAUCACUCUCUGUUGAUCUCCUCUCUGGGCACCGCCAGAGAUUCCUAGCCCAGUUCCAGUCAUUACGUCUGUUUUACGAAGCUGCCGCUGUACUCCAGUACUUCAAGUCGCUUAUACAAGUACCAACUUUACCAGAGAACCCACCUAAUUUCCUGAUCCAGGCAGAGUUGGGCAGCUAUGUGACACCCGUAGUGAUCCUUCCUCCUGAGGAAGAUACUAUAUCCGAAGCAUCAGACCUUGUCGACCUUGCAGCUCCUAAUGGCAACCACUCGCCAAUAGGUCUUAUAGCUGGAAGGGACAGCCUUAUAGAGCAUUUACAGUCGGAGCUGAAAAGAUCUCGGGCUGAAAUUGCUCGCAUGGCCUCAGAGCAUGAGAUUAUUGUCCUCAAACUCAAUGAUAAAAUCUCAAAGAUGGAGAUGCAGCUUCUUUCAAAGGAAACUGAAUUAGAAAACGAAAAAAAAGCCAGAUUUGACUUCCAACAUUCUGAAUUAUUGAAGAUGCAGGAAGCAGAAAAAAGAGCAAAGCUUAUGGAAGAAAAAUUCCUCAAGUUAAAGGAGAUAUAUACAAAACUCAGAGAUGAACACAUUCAGCUUAUUAGACAAAAAGCGGACGUAGAUAAACAGCUAUCGACAAUUCAAUGCCAGCAGUCUGAUUUAAAUGAAAAAAUGAAGUUGGAAUCUUUAGCAUUGGAGUUGGCUAAACUCCAGGCAACGGUUGAUUCCAUUUCUGAGCAGAAACUAGCUCUAGAGAGAAAAUUAAGAGAGAUUUCGGAAGAGAAUCAAAGCAUUGAACAACUCCUGCUAACCAAAGAAACUGAAAGGUCUGAAGCAUGUGAAAAAGCCGCUGCUGCUGAAAAGGAAAUCGAGAAGAAGGAUAAUCUGCUGAAAGAACUUUUUGAUAAAAUUAUCAUUGAAUGUAAAGAGAUUGUGAAGAAUGCCAUUCAUGAAGUGGACAAUCCUGCAUUCUCAUCAGCCACAUGUUCUAUUGACUACUUCAGAUCUUUGGCCAGAUCCCUUGAGAAAAGCAUGGCUAACCUAGAAAGAGAGCCGCGAGCAGCCGAAAGGAUUGUAGAUUUGGCACACGCUACUGCUGGCCUUGUGGUGCUUGGCAAGGCCGUGUCCAAUACGGCACCAGACAUUGACUUUGGAGACAAGAUGAGCGACAGAUGUAAAGGAGUGGGUCAAUCUUGUCUUCAGGUUUUUGAAGACUCUCUCCCGCCUGAUCCAGCGAUAUCGACCAGCAUCAGUGUCAUGAGGCAGACCCUUCAGGAACUGUUGGACAUGAGUGAGCAGUUGCAGGCCAUGCUUCAGGCCGGUAGUUCUGAAUCGGUUGGUGAGAUGGUCGAGUCCGAACUGGCUGCGAUGGACAAGGCAAUAGAAGAGGCAGCUCGUAGGAUAGAGGAAAUGUUAAGUAAUUCACGAGCUGCAGACUCAGGAAUCAAAUUAGAAGUGAAUGAAAAGAUAUUGGACUCAUGUACUGGACUGAUGCAAGCCAUUCGCAUUCUCGUUCAAAAAUCGAGGGUCUUACAGGCUGAGAUAGUGGCUAAGGGAAAGGGCUCUGCGUCUGUGAAAGAGUUCUACAAGAGAAACCACCAAUGGACAGAGGGUCUUAUCUCAGCUGCUAAGGCUGUCGGCAUGGGCGCCAAUUAUCUCUUAGAAGCUGCAGAUGAGGUAGUGACCUCAAAUGGGAAGCUGGAGAAGGUGAUUGCUGCAGCUCAAGGUAUUAGUGCCAGCACAGCACAGCUAGUGGUCGCCAGUCGAGUGAAAGCGGACCGUGGCAGUGCUGCUCUUAAUGAGCUCACACAGGCUUCGAAAGGAGUCACUGCAGCGACAGCAACAGCCCUCACUGCUGCCUCCGCCUGCUCAAAUCUCAUCGACAGUGCACAAGAUGAUCUGGACAUGAGCAAACUGUCAUUGCAUAAUGCUAAGCGCCUGGAAAUGGAGAGCCAGGUACGCGUACUGGAAUUGGAGAACCUUCUUACAAAAGAACGCCUGAAACUGGCAGCGCUGCGCAGGCAUCACUAUUCGCUGUCGCCCGAAUCGGAUCAGCCUCUCCCGCUCUAACCAUUUGUAUAGCCCCUUCUGUGAAUACUGUAAUUAUAUUGAUUUAGAGUCAGUAUUUGUGUUUUACACUGAGGAGGAGUUCCUUAGAUCUUCUGCCAUAGUGUGUUUUUUUUAAAAUGUAUAUAUACCAUUCCUGUAUUGGAAGUUGAGGUUGACAUUUUGAAGUUUGUCGGUGCGUUACCAUGGAUAGAGUGUAUUAAUGAUGGGCUUUUUAUAUUUAAGCGAGUUAAAUCAUCAUUGUAUUGAUUUAUUAUUUAUUAAUCAUUCACUUUGCUGGCUAAAGACUAAAUUAACCAAACAUAAUUUAUCGGAUGUUAAAUUUUAUUCAGUGGAAAUUAUGACCGUAGCAUUCACCUAUUAUUUCACUUAUACAUAAAAUCAAAGUAUUUACUGAUCCUUAUUUUAUGUAAAUGGAGUUUGAUAAUAAUUAUUAUUAAGUCCAUACAUAUUUUGUAUUUUUAUAAUUGAAUUGUCUAUAUUACUAACUGUUAACUUGCUUUCUUUAGUGUAACAUUGCAAUAUCCUGGAUAUGAUAUAUUUUAUUAACUAAUAUAUUUUUUUUGUGUGUGUUUCAUACAUUCCAGAUGUUUAUUAUUUUGGUUAAAACCUGAUCUUCAGAAUUCAUAAGUGGAAAAAUAAUACUGAUAUAAUGAUUGUAGUUGGAAAACUUUUAAUUUAGGAAUGAAAUAUUGUUACAAAUCAUGUAAGAAGUAAAGGGGAAAAAAUCACAAUUUUAAAUUGCCUGGUUUUAUAUUAAAAAAAAAUAAUAAUAAUUAACAUUAACCGAAUCUAUCUGCGAAUUUGGAACAUUGGAGCUAAGUCUUGAUUAAAAACAAUUCAGUAAGCUGAUAUUAUGUCUUAUUACUUUUUGUUAACAUUAUUUAUAAAAAGGCAUUUUUUUAACUUUGAAAAAUAAACUACUUUUUAACCUUAUUGCAUCAGAUAUUUGUUUCAUUUUAAAAAUAUUGUUGCUGAAUUUAAGUCUAUGAUUUGAAGCUAAUUGCUAACCUUUAUGCCUUAUUUAGAAGAUGGUUUUAUUGAACUUCUGAUACUUAUUGAAUCGGUAGUUACCUGAUUGGUAAAGUUUAUCAUUAAAAAUAAUAAAUUUAGUUUAUUAAAUUUUUACAAAUUAAGAAAAAUAAACCUACUUGAUAUUUCUUAAUUCACAAACAAUUUAACAUUAUUUUUGUGCGUAUGUUAAUAAAUAAUUUAACCUAUGAUAAUUAUUUUAUUUAUAAAUGAAGUAUUACUUUGCAAAAAAUAAUCAAAAUUUUACCGAGUGUUUUAUUAUAUCAUAUGCAUAAAUAAUAAUGACAGGAAUCGUUUAAAAUUUGUGUUGUUAUAUGAAUGUUGAAUUCAAUACUUGGUCAUUCGAUUAAAACAUAAGCUCGUUGUGUAGGCUUUAGUGUAACUAUGGUUUUGUUUUUUAUUGUUUCUGUAUAAUUGAUUAAUAAAUAUUCAAGUCAAUUUACAACAGUAUAUAAUAACUGAAUUAUGAUUCAUGAAUGCCAAGGGUUUAUUUUUAUAUAUUUUAAGGCAAUAAAUUAUCUAUAUAAAUUAAUUACAUCUCAAUAACUUUCUAAAAUAAAAUUCAAAACUUCAUAAUAAUUCAAAAUUAUAAGGUUUCAGUAAUAACUAAGAAUAUUUUUGUUAUUCAGAUUUUCUUUCAACAACAUCAAUGCUGAAUAAGUAGAGAGUAAUAAUUAUCCAAUUAUUUUUAUUUUAUGAUUUUCUUAAAUUAAAAAAUAUAAAUAUGAUUAAGGAUCUAGGUAACAAACAUUAAAUAUAAUAUAAAUAUCAAGAAUAACGAAUAAACUAAAUAAAAAUUGGUUAUUUAAUACAUUUGUAUUCUAAUAAUUUCCAAAGCUCUGGUAGCCAGUCAGCUCUUUGCGUGAUAGUGAAGUCGAAUAUUUAAUUCUAAGUUUGUUUGUAGUUCUAUUAAAAAAAGUGUGUUUUAUAUAUUUUUAUCUAUUGAGUCUAAUUUUAAAAGAACACUUUGCUGUUAUAUUUUUGUAAUUGUUAGUGCGUGUGUAAUGAGAUUAUAUAUCUAUUAAAUAUUGUAUACUUUUUUAUUAAUAGUACAAAAUCAUUAUCAAACUUCAUCUAUCAUUAACAAUGAAAUUUAACAAGUCCUUUAUUUUAUUGAUAUUACAAUGCCAAUGUAUUAUAGCAUAUUUCUAUGUAUAUUUUUAAAUAUAAUUAACUGAUUAGAUA